GGACGGCCUGUUCGCGGAGUUGACCUGGAAACCUCUCCUUGGCCACUGUCCUUUCUAAGGAAUUCAUUUCCAGAGCCCACCUGCACAGAACUGGUGGGGGACCCUGCUAGGAGCAGAGAAAAUGGCCAUCUUCAGGCAGCUGUCCCUAGGUGUGAAGGCCGCCCUGGCUGCCAUCACUGUCUUCGUGUCCAUGAUCGUCUCCCGCUCCUAUCUGGCAGAGAGCCUUGAGCUCAGGGCCUGGCGUUGGCUGUUUCGCCUGCAGCUCGCCCUGUUUGCCAAUUCACUCAUGCUCAUUGGCUCUGUGUACAUCUGGCGCAGCACGGUGGGCAACCUCUGCCACUCCCCAGCUGCGAAGUCGACCUGUUUUCAGCUCUGGAAGGUGGCUGUUCUGGGAUUUCUGGCCCUGGCCCAUUCCAGUUUCUUCACCAUGCUCUUCUUAGUGGCUGAAGAGCCCUAUCUCUUUUCCUUGGCAGCCUACUCCUGCCUGGGCGCUUAUGUCAUCAUGGUCUUCUUCCUCUGCAUCCUCAGCGGCAUGGAGCAAGCCUGUCAGCUCUUGGCCUGGCGCAGUGGUAGGGUCGUGAGCAGUCUUGACAAGACAAGGACGCUGGUGCUCAGGCCCGCCCUGGCUGUUGUAGUGACCACCGUGCUCAGUGUGGCAGGGCUUCUGAAUGCUGCCCAGCCCCCAGCUGUGAGAACCGUGGAGGUGCCCAUCAAUCAGCUGCCCCCGUCUAUGAACAACCUCAAGAUAGUGCUCCUCUCAGACAUCCACUUGGGCCCCACAGUGGGCAGGACAAAGAUGGAGAUGUUUGUGAGGAUGGUGAAUGUGCUGGCGCCAGAUGUCACAGUGAUCGUGGGUGACCUCUCUGAUUCAGAAGCAUCGGUCCUGCGGACAGCUGUUGCUCCUUUGGGCCAGCUCCAUUCACGCCUCGGCACCUACUUCGUCACAGGCAAUCACGAGUACUACACCUCGGAUGUCAGCAACUGGUUUGCAUUGUUGGAAUCCCUGCAUGUCCAGCCUCUUCACAACGAGAAUGUGAAGAUUUCUGCCACAGGUGCCCAAAGUGGUGGUUCUGGUGGUGGUGAAGACAACAACUGGAUCUGCUUGGCUGGGGUGGACGAUAUUGAAGCAGACAUCCUGCACUACUCUGGCCAUGGCAUGGAUCUUGUCAAAGCCCUGAAGGGCUGCAGCCCAGACCACACCAUCAUCCUGCUAGCUCACCAGCCUCUGGCUGCCAAGAGAGCCCUCCAGGCUCGGCCAGACAUUAACCUGAUCCUUUCUGGGCACACGCAUGCUGGGCAAAUCUUCCCCUUGAAUGUGGCAGCCUAUCUCCUGAAUCCCUUCUUUGCUGGUCUCUACCAAGUGGCCCAGGAAACAUUUGUGUAUGUCAGCCCAGGCACAGCCUAUUAUGGGAUACCCAUGAGGUUGGGUAGCAGGGCAGAGAUUACGCAGCUCAUCCUGCAGCGGGCUCCCUGACCAGUGCCUCCAUGUGCCCCUCUGUCCUUUCCUUGCUCUCCAUUGUGUCCUGCUUCAGAGUGGCUUGCCUGCUUUACCCCUCCAGCCUCCUGCCCAGCUCUGCCAGUGUACUCUUGGACAUGAGUGUGACUUGAAUGGUAAUUUGUGGUGGGGCUGCCUGGCAAGUUCAGACUGGUUUAACUAUAAAUGGCUAAUUGCUUUUUUCUGUGCACUUGUGAGGUCACUAAGAUCACGUAUAUGAGAGCUCACAUCUGUUUUCCAGGUGAUGCACCCUCCUUCUGCAGAGCUCAGGGAUGAACUGCAACAUGGGAUUGCUAGAAAGGGACACCUGUAGAAAGCAGAGCCAGGAAAGAGCGGGAGCAUUUUCCUCUUAGUGUUGUUAAACACUAUUUAGAACAUAGAUGGGCCAGAAUCAUUGAUCCUGAUCCUUUAUUGGUAAGGGACAGUGUUGCUAGGUAAUUUGGGAAAACAGAUAAGAGAGAAGUCCCCUUUGAUUGUAUCGAGUCACCUUUAUUGAGGGUAUGGGUAAAACCCAGUAGAAUGCAAGUCUUCUCCUAUUCCAGGCCUUGAGGGAUGCUGUUUAACUGUGCUUUCGGGCCUUUGGGGGUGGGGGUGGGAUGAGGAGAAGAAAUCGCCCCACUGCUGCUGCUGCUGUUUCGGAGUGCCCAGGGUUUUGCCUCCCUCGUCUCAUUUUAUACAACCAUUGGGUGAGGUGAUUAGGUUUGGGAUGCUUUUCCCUGUUGAGAGAUGUGGAAACGAAGACAAAAUGACUGGAUAUGUAGGAGAUUUGAGGCUAGAUGCCAGGUCUUCCACCUCCCAAUAAAAAUGUUCUUUCAGCUGUCUGAUAAUUAAAUAGCUGUUAUCUGUUAUAGGCAAGUGCAGGAUUCAAACAAAGUUAACCAUACAAAGAGAAUGAAGAGGACUAGGACCUAAUGUUCUUUCUGUCAAAGUUACUUGCUUGAGGCCGAUUUCAGUUUAACCCGUAACUGCACGGACAGUGACCUGGAAAGGAGUUGGCUAGUUUCAUUGCAGGAGGUCUGUUGAAUUUGAAGAAGAGGCAGGAAACUGGAACUCUCUUGGGCACAAGCCUGUUUGGGCUUGAUUUUUUUGUUAGGUGUUAGGUCUACUUUCUACCAGUUGAGUUAAGGCUUACGCGGGUAGUGGCAGGGCUCCGGCCUCAGGAAGGGUCUCUUGGGCUCCCCUGGCCUCUCAGGCUCCCUUUCCUGGGUCCUGACUGUGGAAUGUGGGGA